AUGGCGCUGGCAAUCUCGAUGGAAGCCAUAGAUGCGCGCGCGCGGGAGCUGGGGAUCGACCUCGACUCCGUCGACGUCGACUCCAUCGCCCUUCCGCCCGGCGAGGACUUCGACAUCCUCCGCGACGACGAGGAUUUGCUUCAGGAUGAAGACAUUCCGGAGCUCGAGAUGGGUUUUGCAAACAUUAUUGUGGUGGACAAUCUGCCGGUCGUUCCCCCGGAGAAGUACGAGAAGCUGGAGAAUGUUUUGCGCAAGAUAUACGGUCAGCUUGGUGUGAUCAAGGAAGGUGGGCUUUGGAUGCCCACGGACCCAGAGACCAAGAAGACCCAGGGCUACUGCUUCAUUGAGUUUAAUACUCCGCAGGAAGCUGAGUUUGCUAUGGAAAAAACACGUGGCUACAAACUGGACAAAUCUCACAUAUUUGCUGUUAAUAUGUUUGAUGACUUCGAGAAGUACAUGAAAGUUCCUGAUGAGUGGGCGCCUGCUGAAAUCAAGCCAUACACUCCUGGAGAAAAUCUUCUCAAGUGGCUAACUGAUGAUAAGGCCAGAGAUCAGUUUGUGAUCCGUGCUGGUACGUUCACGGAAGUGUACUGGAAUGACGCUAGACGGGCAAUGCCUGAGCUUGUGUACCAAAAGCAGUACUGGACGGAUAGCUAUAUUCAAUGGUCCCCUCUUGGAACACACUUGGCGACCGUGCAUAGGCAGGGCGCGCAGGUGUGGGGUGGUGAUGAUAAGUUUGUUCGUCUAAUGCGCUUUCUUCAUCCACAGUUGAAACUCAUCGAUUUCUCUCCCGGUGAGAAAUAUUUGAUCACUUACAGCAGCCAUGAGCCCAGCAACCCCAUAGACACACAUAGGGUUGUACUAAAUAUCUUUGAUGUACGGACUGGAAAAGUAAUGCGGGAGUUCAAGGGAAGUGCUGAUGAUUUCACUACUGGUGGAAAUAUGGGUGUGUCUGGUGUUUCAUGGCCUAUCUUCAGGUGGGGUGGUGGAAGAGAUGAUAAGUAUUUUGCUAGGCUUGGAAAGAAUGUUAUAUCUGUCUAUGAUACUGAGACGUUCGCUCUUAUUGAUAAGAAGUCCUUGAAGGUAGAAAAUGUGGUUGACUUCAGUUGGUCUCCCACUGAUCCUAUCAUAUCACUCUUUGUGCCUGAAUUGGGUGGUGGAAAUCAGCCUGCCAGGGUGAGUCUUGUGCAAAUUCCGGGCAAAGAGGAGAUUCGGCAGAAAAACCUUUUCAGUGUGAGCGACUGCAAAAUGUACUGGCAAAACAAUGGAGAGUAUCUGGCUGUCCAGGUAGACAGGUACACAAAAACAAAGAAGAGCAUUUACACUGGGUUCGAGCUGUUCAGAAUCAAGGAACGAGACAUCCCAAUUGAGGUCUUUGAAUUGGACAACAAGAAUGACAAGAUAAUUGCCUUUGCAUGGGAGCCUAAAGGUCACCGCUUUGCUGUUAUUCAUGGUGAUGGGCCUAAGCCUGAUAUAAGUUUCUACACCAUGAAAGCAGUCAACAAUAAUGUUAGUCGUGUGUCCAAGCUCACCACACUCAAGGGCAAGCAGGCCAAUUCAUUGUUCUGGUCUCCUGCUGGGCGUUUCAUUGUUCUGGCAGGGCUGAGGGGUUUCAAUGGCCAGCUGGAGUUCUUCAACGUUGAUGAUCUUGAGACCAUGGCGACAGGAGAACAUUUUAUGGCGACUGACAUCAUGUGGGAUCCUACUGGAAGGUAUCUCGCAACUGCAGUUACCUCGGUUCAUGAGAUGGAAAAUGGUUUCCAAAUCUGGUCCUUCAAUGGCAAGCAAAUUUACAAGGUUUUAAAGGAUCAAUUCUAUCAGUUCCAAUGGCGCCCAAGGCCACCGUCGCUACUUACUCCGGAGAAGGAGGAGGACACCACAAAGAACCUCAAGCGGUACAGCAAGAAGUACGAACAAGAGGAUCAGGACGUGCACCACCUUUUGGACGAGGAGGAGCGCAAGAGACGGAUGCGGCUUCAAGAGGUGUGGGAAGCAUGGGUCGCCAAGUGGAAGCAGCUGCACGAGGAGGAGCGAGCAUUCAGGAUGCAGCUUAGGGGCGGGGAGGACAGCGACAAGGAAGAAGAGGCGGAAUACAAGGAGAUUGAGGCGGAGGAGCUGGUUGAUGUCACAGAAGAAACCGUUGCCUUUGACCUGGACCAGGAGUGA